AUGUAUCUUCUUGGCUUCAUUAUUUUUACUCCUUUAAUAAUAAUAUCAAUUGCUGAAGAUUUGAAAUGUAGCGAUAUAACAACACGACGAGCAAUUGAAAAACGUGGACAACAAAUUAAUUUAAAAUGUCUUGAGAAUAAGAAGCAAUUGGAGGAGUGUAAUAAUCAUACAGCUGUGGAUAAUGCUUGGAAUGAUUUUGAACAAAUUAAUGAGAUUUAUUUUACGAAAAUAAAUUCUUCUUGCAAAGUAGAAAAACGUAAAAAGCGUCAUUGCAAAUGUGACAGUCAUUCAUUACAUCAACAUCAUGAUAAUCUAAAUCUUCAUUAUCCUACAAGAAAAUUAAAUGGAAAUCGAAUGAGACGUAAUGUUGUACAUGGUACCAGUGAUGAUAAAAAUGAUUUGAAAGUUGAAAAUGAUUACUCCAAGAAUUUUAAGCGAUUCAAACGUAACGAAUGUUUGAAAAGUAGCGAAAGAGAAAAAAAUCGCUUACUUGAAAAAUUCGCGACAUCAUGUAAACCUGAUGCUAUGAGUGGUCAUGAUAUGAUGAGUGAGACCUGCAAAGAUAAUAUGGGCGAAUUAUCGAGAAGAAGAUACAAAGCUUAUAACAAUUAUGUGAGAUUGUUUCAAAAUUGUUACGGUCAUAUCAAUUAA